AAAGUGACUUAAAAGUUUAUUAUUUUCAAAAUGGUUCUCGUUAUAUAAGUAACAACUUAUUAAAGCUACAUUUGAACGAAUAAUGGAAAUCAUCAUCAUUGUUAUAUUGGUGACAAUAGUCAUAAUUCUCGCCACUUUCUGUUUGAAUAACCGAUUUAUGGUAUCCGGGAAUAGUCUCCCAGGACCGAUAGCUUGGCCCCUUUUCGGAAAUAUUCUGAUGGUUAGUAGGAGCAAAAACUUUUAUCAGUUGACGAAGAGCUUACAAGAGAAGUAUGGGAACGUUUACAGAUUAAAGUUAGGACAAUUAACUGUUGUGUGCAUAUUUGGACAUAAAAAUUUAUCCCAAAUUAUGGCUGAAGAUGGCGAAAAUUCUUCACAAAGACCCAACUGGAUGUUUUGCGCAAAGAAAGUAUUCAAAGAAAAAGGUAUUGUAUGGGCGAAUGGACACCAGUGGAAGGAACUGAAUAAGCUUAUACUUCAAUCACAGCAGACAGAAACCUUCCAACAGAACAUGAAACAGGAGCUUACACAAGAGGUUAACGAACUCUGUAAAUGUUUCAGUCCUGAUAACGCUACAGAUCCUCUAGACUUUUUUUAUGAUCAUACACUCAAUGUUGUCUCAAUAAUGGUAUUCGGAAAGAGAUUUCAAUAUUGCGACAGGGAAUUUCACACCUUACGUUCUAGUAUCAAGUACAUCUUCAAAAAUGGACAGAGUUUGGGUAGAAAGGAAACAUUCUUUGGUUGGCUAGCUCUGUUUACAAAGUCCCAGGUAAACGAAGUAGUGGGAGAAAUUGACAAGUUGCAUGGGUUCAUAAAACAAAAAAUGGAGAAACAUGCUUUUGAAAAUAAACAAAAGUUGCCACAUGAUUUGUUAGCCGUUUAUUUGAAUCUGUCUGAAUCAGAAAGGAAGGACAGUGCAUUAUCAGAAGAUAAUGUGUUCCAAGCUAUCAUUGACAUGUAUAUUGCUGCAUACGACACGUAUACAGCCACAAUGAUAAUGAUUGUGUUUUAUCUAUUGAAAUACCCGGAUGUCCAAAGGAAAUGCAGGGAAGAAAUACACAAGGUAUGUAAAGGAAAAAGGUCCGUCACAAUUGACGAUAAAGAUAAACUGUGCUACGUCCAAUCAACGAUCAAAGAAGUCCUGCGUAUUGCAAAACCAGUUGUUUUAUCAAUAUACAGAACCAUCAACCGAAGUAUAACAGUCGAGGGGUAUAACAUUCCAGCAAAAUCAAUCAUACUGUUUGAUUUAAACGACCCACAGGUUGACCCUACACUAUGGGAUAAUCCUGACGUUUUUGACCCUGACAGAUGGAUAAACCCUCAUAAGGACGGAUACAUUCCUUUUGGUCUUGGACCAAGACGAUGUGUAGGUGCGCCAACGGUAGACCUGUCUCUAUUUCUGAUGAUCACAAAUAUACUUCAAAAAUUUGAAUUAGUUCCAGAAGACGAGAACAAUUUACCUAUGGAAAAAGAAUGGUCUGGGAUUGCUCUUUUUCCAAAACCCUUUAAAAUGUUUAUGAAGCCUGUGGAGUAAUUAUUGUCGAUAACUUCAAGAUUUUAAUGCUUUUUUAUUAUUUAACUUUUUCAUGUAACACAUACGAUAUUCCUACUUGUUUAAUACUGAUAGUUUUCUUUUUUCCUUCCUUUUUAUUUAUCUUUUGUAAUAUCACUUAUCAAUAAAUGUGUUUUUGUAAAUAUUGUGUAUGUCAUGGUUUAACGUGUCAUCUGUCAUAAUUGUCGUAGUUAUGAAGAACAUCCGACAUUUUUAUUUUGCUCUAUAUUAAUUUCAACAUU